UCCCGAGAAGGGGAGACGAUUCCACAAAAGUGUCAAAGGAUAUUUUAAACUGUUGGCCAACAUCAGCAAGGAGCUCAGCAAUAAGGUGAUUGAAAAAGUUGAUGAGGAAAUCGCCACGUCAAUCAACAUGAUGGUGGUGGCAUGUAUGGUGUUCAUCUGUGUCCUCAUCAUGACACCAAUACUGGUCAAACUCAUGCACACCUUGACCAUGUCCAUUCAGAACUACGCCAUCGAGGCCUCCCACAAGUCCCAGCAGCUGAUCAUAGAGAAACAGCGCUCAGACAGUCUGCUGUACCAGAUGUUGCCCAAGUCCGUGGCCCAGCAGCUCAAGAUGCACAAAACGGUUAACGCAGAAUUUUAUGAGCAGGUGACCUUGUUCUUCAGUGACAUUGUCGGCUUCACCGAGAUCUCUGCGGCCAGCUCACCUUUACAGGUGGUGAUCCUACUGAACAAGCUGUACCAAAUCUUUGACGACAUACUUGACCACUAUGACGUGUACAAGGUGGAAACUAUUGGGGAUGCUUACAUGGUGGUCAGUGGGCUACCUAACAGGAACGGCAGCGCCCACUGUGCCGAGAUCUCACUAAUGGCGCUAGAACUUCUCAAGACGACCAGAGAUUUUCCCAUACCCCACAUGCCGGGCAGGACGGUAGAGUUGAGGAUUGGAUGUCACUCAGGGUCAGCUGUAGCGGGUGUGGUCGGCAACAAAAUGCCGAGGUACUGUUUGUUUGGUGACACAGUCAACACGGCCAGUAGGAUGGAGUCACACGGACUACCCAACCGUAUCCACAUCAGUGUAGACAUGAACAAGCUGCUGGUCAAAAUACGAGGCUUCACCACAGAGAGGCGGGGGGUCAUCGAGAUCAAGGGUAAGGGCGAGAUGGAGACCUACUGGCUGCUGGCCACUGACCGGCCACUCAGGACGUUGGCCAACGGGGUGGCCCUGCCUGACGUCACUAACAGCAGCGUCAUCCUCAAGGUCAAGGCUACCAACCCCCAGAGGUCAGGACCCACCACACUCUCCCCGUCUCAUCAAAUGGCGUGGGGCGACUUCAACUCAGCUCUGUAG